AUUAAAAAAAUUCAAUUAUCUUUGAAUCAGCCCAAAUUAUAUAAAGUCAUUAUAGAGAAAUCCAAUAAAAUCUUUGUUGUUGUUUUUGUAUCUAAGCAACACUAUGCUGCAUAUCAGGUACAUGUAAAGUAUUCGGGCGCACAAGUAUUAUGGAUUACGAACGCGAAAGUGACAAAAGUAAUACGUUUUCUGUUGCGUUUUGAGAUGUACGCAACUAAUUCACAACGAGUGUGCAAUAAUUUAUCCCAACAACAACAAGCUAAACUACAGAAGAUCAAAGAGUUGACAACUAUUUUAAAGGAUACAGAUAAAAAUUUGACUAUUUGUGAAGAAAUAUUGUCAACUUAUAUAAGGAAACGUUUAAGGGAUAAGCGAGAAGAAAUGCAAAGGAAUAAAGAUUUGGAAAACAAAAUGACAGAAAUUUUAGAAAAUUUGAAGACCCGUCUAUUGGUCGAAUAAUAUUUAUUAUUACAAUGUAUUCUUAUACAUUUCUUUCCUUAUUUUUGUAAAAAUUAUUGAAUUUAUUUAAUGAAUAUUAUGCGGAUAUCUUGUUUUAAAUUAUUAAUAAAAGAAUGGAUUGCUGUAUAACAGGUGCAAAAUUCA